AUGAGUUCAACAAAUAUAUCAUCUAGAACUCUACAUAGUUGGAGAGAACGUCCUCCUUCUUAUUCCAUCAAAGUCAAGACCCUCUUCGACCUCGAAAGCUCAACUCUACACUCUGAUGGAAAUUACCAAUCCCGUCGUUUCUCCUCAGGUGGAUACAACUGGAUACUGAUCAUAUACCCAAAAGGGAACGGCAAUGACAACGGGAGCGGAUUUCUUUCAAUGUAUGUUGAAAUAGAUAACAUAAGCCUCAUGUCCGCACAAGCAGAUGAGGUGUAUGCAGAUAUCCGUUUUUUUGUUUUUAACAAAACCGAAAACAAGUAUUUUACUAUACAAGAUGUGGAUUCGAAGCCUUUCAAUACAUUAAAAACGAGGAGGGGAUUCCCGCAAGUGCUUCCACUUGGUACAUUCAGUGACCGCAAAAAUGGAUACCUCUUUGAUGGAGAUCAUUGUGAGUUUGGUGUUGAUAUCGUUGUUACUCCACCUCCAACCAGAUGGGAAGUCGUCUCUUUUGGUGAGCAACUUCCUUAUCCCAAGUUCUCUUGGACUAUUAAAAAUUUCUCUCAGAUAAAAGAGAAUCCUCACAUAUCAAAGAGUUUUUCAAAGGGAGGAAGGAAAUGGGUUCUAAAGUUGUAUCCCAAGGGCUACUCUACACCAGAUAAUAAAUGGGUAUCCAUUUUUCUGCAUUUAGAAGAUGGUGAAGUUUUAAAGGAAGAUGAGAAGGUUUACGUGGAAGCAGAUCUGAAAGUUGAAGACCCACAAAGAUCCAGUCACUUGACGCGCAAUCUUAACUGGUGGUCCAAAGUAGCUGGCGCGGGUUAUGGUUGGGAUCACUUCGUUUCUUUAGCUGAUCUUCAAAAGUCUUAUUUGGACAAAGAAGACACUUUGAAAGUAGAGAUCGAAUUUAAAGUUGUUUCGGUAACCAAAUACUCCUCACCAACUGCAGCUAGUUCAACUGGGAAAGCACCAAAAGGAUUGUCAAAAGUAACAUUUAGAAAAUGA